AUGACAAGAAUAAGCUCUCCCUUUGUCAAACAAACUUCGUUUGAAGUGGAAUAUGCUCCCGCAUACAUAACCAAAUGGAGAUCACAGCGAACAGGACUACAAUUGACGUACAUCAACCAACCGUCACCAGUAGUGAAUGGAUAUUUUGCAGUUGCCACCGAAAUAAGUGAUGACUCUGGGUCACCGCAUACAUUGGAGCAUUUGAUUUUUAUGGGGUCAAAGAAGUACCCGUAUAAAGGGUUAUUGGACACUUUGGGAAAUCGACUUUACUCGCAAACUAAUGCAUGGACAUCAACUGACCAAACAGUGUACACUUUGACAACUGCAGGAUGGGAUGGGUUCAAGACCUUGUUGCCAAUCUACUUGGAUCAUUUGUUUAACCCGACAUUGACUGAUGAAGCAUGUUUAACUGAAGUAUACCAUGUUGAUGGCAAUGGGAAGGAAAAAGGUGUCGUUUUCAGUGAAAUGCAAGGUAUUCAAGGUCAAUCAUGGUUUGAAACGUCGAACCAAUUACAGAAAAUUUUGUACGCGCCUGAACUGGGGUACUCUUCAGAAACUGGUGGAUUGAUGGCUGAAUUGCGUCAUUUAACCAACGACAAGAUCAAGGAGUUUCACAAGUCCAUGUAUAGACUGGAUAACUUGUGUGUUAUAAUAACUGGGUCGAUUGAUCAAGAUGAACUUUUGCAGAUUAUGACUGAUUUUGAUGCUGAGUUGCAGGAGUUGCCACCAGUGGGGCAGCAGCACAAGAGACCAUUUGUGGAUUCAAAACACGACGAACCUUUGACGGAAGAUAUUGUCAAGGUUGUUGAGUUUCCUGAGACUGAUGAGUCUACUGGUGAGGUAUUGAUGUCUUGGAUUGGUCCUUUGGGUGAUGAUCCUGUCACAAAUACUGCUGUUGAUAUGGUUGGUGCUGCAUUCACCGACAGUGCCAUCUCGUUAUUCAAUAAGCAUCUUGUUGAGAUUGAUAACCCAUAUGCUACGGAAAUAGAGUAUCAUACUGAUGAUUAUUAUCGAACAGCAUUGAAUUUUACGUGCAAUGGUGUACCAACGGGGAAAUUGAAUGAAUUGGUCAACAAGUUGAAACAAUUGAUCAAAUCGCAAACUAACCCGGAGGAGUUUGAUCUACUAUACAUGAGACAAAUUAUCAACCAACAACGAUUGAAGUUUAUAUCGCAAACUGAGAAAUCUCCCAUUGCAUUUUCAAAUAUAGCAAUACUUGAUUUUAUCUAUGGUAAACCCGAUGGCAAUGAUUUGGCCAAAUGGGCGAAAAAUCUUGAUGAAUAUGAUGAAUUAUUGACUUGGACAUCUGAUCAAUGGUGUGAUUUGAUCAGGAAGUAUUUUGUUGAUAAUAAAUGUGCAGCGGUAUUGGGAACUCCAUCAAGGAAAUUGAAUGAUGAAGUAAAGAAGCAACAACGUGAGUUUAACAAGAACAUCAAGGCGAAAUUGGGUGUUGAAGGAUUGAAACAAGCUAAAGAGAAAUUAACCGCAGCUCACAAGUUCAAUGAUAGACCAAUCCCUGAAGAAUUGCUUGUUGUGUUUGCAAAGCCCGAUCCAUCGAAAAUUGCAUUCAUCAAGACAAGGUCAUACAAAGCAGGAUACAGUAAAGGCAUCGUUAAUGUACACACCAAUCAGUACAUUGAAUCGGGUGAAUUCCAUCAAAAGCUAAUACAAGAUACGCCAUCAAAUUUCCCUCUUUUCAUGCAUUUUGAAACGUUCAAAUCCCAAUUCAUCACCAUUCAAUUGGUAAUGUCGUCAACAAAAAUCCAACCGCAUUUGCUUAAAUAUAUGUCGAUAAUGGAGGAAAUUUUCACCAUGUCGAUCAAAUUGCCCCAUGGCGAAUAUAUGCCCUAUGAGCAAGUUGUUGCUGAUUUGAAUCGUGAUUUAAUUGAGUUUCAACUAGAUAAUGGGUUCAAUUAUCAGUUUUUGGAUUUGAUUUCAAUGCUGGUUAAAUGUGAGUCGAAGAAAUAUGCCACUGCCAUCAAUUGGAUUUACAAUUUGAUCAAUUUUGUUGAAUUUGAAGAAGCGAGAAUUAAAGUGAUUUUGGAAAAGAUAUUGGGGUCAUUACCGGAUAAGAAACGGAAUGGAGAAUUAAUGAUGUAUUCAUCACAAUUUAGAAAUUUAUUUAAUGAUUCGUCAUUGAGAAAACAACAGGAUUCGAUAAAUACCGAAAUUUUUUUCAAGGAGUUGUUGCAAUUGAUCAAUGAUGGGGAAUUUGAUACCAUCAAACGCGAUUUGGAGGAGAUUAAACUGAAUUUGUUCCAGUUGGAUAAUAUCAAAAUCAUUGUGCUUGGUGAUGUAUCGGGUUUGGAUGCACCUGUUAGUUCAUGGGAGAAGCUCAUUUCACUAAAGGAGGAAACCCAAGAAAACCCAAUCGAUAAAGUUGUAUCUUCGAUUGUGCCAUUUAGUCAAUUACCAAGAUCAUUUCAAUUCAAAUCGGACUUGGGCUCCAAAUGCCAUCAUGAAGCGUUUCUCAUUGAUAUGAGAGCCACUGAAUCCACUCACUUGGUCUCAGUUACACCUAUCCCAACAGACUACUUGCAUGAAGAUGUUGCCCGCAUUGCGUUGGCUAUUGAGUUCCUAUGUGCUAUUGAAGGUCCAUUUUGGCGAUCAAUUAGAGGGUCAGGUUUAGCUUAUGGUGUAUCGAUGAAGCAAAAUACCGAGACUGGGUUUUUAAGUUUCCAACUUUAUCGUGCUUCUGAUGCCAAACAAGCAUGGAUAGAAGCAAGGGAGCUAGUGAAGAAGUAUGCUAGUGGCGAGUUGGCGAUUGAUGCAUUGAGUUUGGAGAAUGCGGUAGCUAGCAUCGUUAAUGAAUUGGCCAAUGCUCAAGAAUCAAGUUAUGAUUCGGCUAGUGCUAAAAUUGUUGACAAUUUGUUCAAAGCAAGAGGACCCAAUUAUCUUGAACUGUACUUGACUCAAUUGGAACAAUUGGAUGCCAAUGAUGUCAAGUAUGUGUUGCAAAAAUACUUUAUCAACUUGUUUGAUGCGGCGCAUUCGGUUGUGUUUACGAGUUUGCCAAUGGAGAAGGUUGAAGAAAUGGGUAAUUUUUUCCAAAGUCGGGGGUAUAAUAUCAAUGUAGAAGAAGUUAAUCAUGAUGGGGAAGAUGAGGAGGGAGAGUACACCUCGCAAGAGAGCAGCAGCGAUAAUGAUGAUGAUGAUGAUGAUGUUGAUGUUGAAAGUGACAAUGAGUGA